AUGGGACCUAAUGGUCCUAAUGGUGUCCUCAUAACGGGACCUAAUGGUCCUAAUGGUGUUCUCAUAACGGGACCUAAUGGUCCUAAUGGUGUCCUCAUAACGGGACCUAAUGGUCCUAAUGGUGUUCUCAUAACGGGACCUAAUGGUCCUAAUGGUGUCCUCAUAACGGGACCUAAUGGUCCUAAUGGUGUUCUCAUAACGGGACCUAAUGGUCCUAAUGGUGUCCUCUCAGUGGGUCCUAAUGGUGUCCUCAUAACGGGACCUAAUGGUCCUAAUGGUGUCCUCAUAACGGGACCUAAUGGUCCUAAUGGUGUCCUCAUAACGGGACCUAAUGGUCCUAAUGGUGUCCUCUCAGUGGGUCCUAAUGGUGUCCUCAUAACGGGACCUAAUGGUCCUAAUGGUGUUCUCAUAACGGGACCUAAUGGUCCUAAUGGUGUCCUCAUAACGGGACCUAAUGGUCCUAAUGGUGUCCUCAUAACGGGACCUAAUGGUCCUAAUGGUGUCCUCUCAGUGGGUCCUAAUGGUGUCCUCAUAACGGGACCUAGUGGUCCUAAUGGUGUCCUCAUAACGGGACCUAAUGGUCCUAAUGGUGUCCUCAUAACGGGACCUAAUGGUCCUAAUGGUGUUCUCAUAACGGGACCUAAUGGUCCUAAUGGUGUCCUCAUAACGGGACCUAAUGGUCCUAAUGGUGUCCUCAUAACGGGACCUAAUGGUCCUAAUGGUGUCCUCAUAACGGGACCUAAUGGUCCUAAUGGUGUCCUCAUAACGGGACCUAAUGGUCCUAAUGGUGUCCUCAUAACGGGACCUAAUGGUCCUAAUGGUGUCCUCAUAACGGGACCUAAUGGUCCUAAUGGUGUUCUCAUAACGGGACCUAAUGGUCCUAAUGGUGUCCUCAUAACGGGACCUAAUGGUCCUAAUGGUGUCCUCAUAACGGGACCUAAUGGUCCUAAUGGUGUCCUCAUAACGGGACCUAAUGGUCCUAAUGGUGUCCUCAUAACGGGACCUAAUGGUCCUAAUGGUGUCCUCAUAACGGGACCUAAUGGUGUCCUCAUAACGGGACCUAAUGGUCCUAAUGGUGUCCUCACAACGGGACCUAAUGGUCCUAAUGGUGUCCUCAUAACGGGAACUAAUGGUCCUAAUGGUGUCCUCACAACGGGACCUAAUGGUCCUAAUGGUGUCCUCACAACGGGACCUAAUGGUCCUAAUGGUGUCCUCACAGUGGGUUCACAAUAUAUUUUCUGGAAGCUGGAAGAGUGUGUUGAAAACCAGUGUAGUAGUGUAGAUGUUAAGUCCUGA